ACUUGAGGUGGUAACGGUGAGAAGAAAUAGUAUAAGACUAAUAAUAAAUUUUCCCGAGUCUUUAACAUACCGACCCAACAGACACAACACUCUCUCAGACAAGUUUUCAUACGCGCCCCUGAUAAUCCUCUGUGCUUUUCAUUUUUUGUUGCAAGAUUUUGUUCUGUCUUUUUUUUUUUUGUUAUAGCCCAGUCGUUGUUCCGUGUACAACCAGUUCACUUGUUAAAGGCCCCAAAAAAACCAAAAAGAAAAAAAGUUCAGUUCUUAACAAAAAAACCUAAAAAGCACCUCGAUUUUGGAACUAGGUUGUGUUCAGAUCUUGGAUUAGAGCCACAGAUUCCAACAAAAAUAUCAUUUCUUUUUAUUUUUUGACUUUGAAGUUAUAAAGCCAAAGCCCAAGGUUCAAUUUCUUGGUGUUUUCAUGGAUUCACCACAGUCAGUUGUCUCACCAUUCAAGAGCUCUGUUGUAGCUGAGCCUGAGAAGCAGAUUUCCGAAUUUUUCACUAGGAACUCUGGUGGCUUAUCAAAUGGUUCCGAAACUAACAGAAACGAAACUGUUGUGUCCAACCAAGAUAACUUCAUUGGUGUUCUUGAGGUUUAUGUUCAUCAGGCAAGAGACAUCCAUAACAUCUGCAUUUACCACAAGCAGGAUGUCUAUGCUAAGCUUUGUCUCACCAGUGAUCCUGAAAGCACAGUUUCCACCAAGAUCAUUAAUGGUGGUGGGAGGAAUCCAGUGUUCAAUGAAGAUCUUCGUCUCAAUGUUCGAACUGUUGAUUCCUCUCUCAAAAUCGAGAUAUUCAUGAUGAGUAGAGUGAGGAACUAUCUUGAAGACCAGUUGCUGGGGUUUGCAUUGGUGCCACUGUCUGAAGUACUCCUCAAGAAUGGGAAAUUGGAGAAGGAAUUCUCUCUUUCUUCAACUGAUCUGUUACAUUCACCUGCUGGUUUUGUCCAACUGUCUCUUGCAUAUGCUGGAUCAUCUCCUGAAGUAAUGGCUAUCCCUGCAAUGCCUGCAGAUUUGGUUGCUGAUGAGAUCGUGAAAGAUUCAGAAACAAGCGAGUGUGAGUUAGAAAAGAUUGAGUUUCCAGAUCCAAAAAUUGUGAAUGAGAACCAGAUGAUGGUUUCUGAGUAUUUUGGGAUCCCAUGUUCCAAUAUGGACUCUGAAAGUUCUGAAAGUUUGAUCACCUCUGAUGCUGAGAAUCAAGUUAAUUCAGAGAUGGGUGUUGAUGUAGUCAAUUCCAUCCAAGUUCCAAAGAUUGAUUCUCCUCCAAGCAGCGUGUCAACUAAUGGGGUUUCAUCUCCAUCAGCUGCUGCAAGCUCUGAGUCCUCUGAUGGUCCAGCUGCUUCAAAAGCUUCUACUCAGGAAGACAUAUCAGCCCCAAAAGAGAAAACUGUGGAUGCUGGAGAUGCUGACAGUGAUUCCUCUGGGGCACAAAGUGAUUCCAUUGCAAAACCUGUUGUUUCUGUCAAUAUUGAGCCUGAGCAGAAGGUGGUGCAGCAGGAGAUAGUGGACAUGUACAUGAAAAGCAUGCAGCAAUUUACCGAGUCAUUGGCUAAGAUGAAACUGCCUCUGGACAUUGACAGUGGACCAACUAAAUCAGAGAAUUCAAGUACUACAACUGAUCAGAAAAUACAGGCAUCAAAAAACACGGGCUCUCGGGUGUUCUAUGGAAGUAGGGCUUUUUUCUAAGCUCCUUGUUCCUCUGUUCAAAGGAAGACACACAGGUGACUUUAGAUUUUAGAGUGGAGACUGGAGACUAAUACUAGUAGUUGAGUGUAAUAAUGUAUCAUGUAAUGUGUUGUUUUCCUUUGUACAUCGACAUGCUUUAGAUGAGGGGUAAAAUCAUGACUUGUACUGUUACUAGCUAUGUUCCAUUGCAACUUCUGUUAGUAUAUAUGAACCUUUCCUUUUAUAUCA